AUGGCACAUACUUACACUCCAGCUGCACCUGUGACUGCUCCAGUGGCACAGAUGACUGUUCCACAAGCUGCGCCCAUGCCAACCAUCCAGGAAGUUCAGAAUCCUCCACCUGUGCCAGCCACACCUAUUCCAGUAAGGCCACCCAUAGUCAUUCCUAUGGUGGUUGGGGGGCAACCUUUUCCAAGGGAGCCACUUCUGGACCAAGGAAGAAGGAACCGUAGCAGAAACAACUAUGCAGAUGCCAACCCCUUACUUAUGGCAGAAUUUGGCCUAACUCGAAGGGGUGGAAGGCCAACUUACAAAAAGCCCUAUUCAGAGUUCAUUGAUGAAGUUGAAUUUCCAAGGAAUUUCAAAAUUCCAGAGUUUGCAACGUUCAAUGGAGAGGGCGAACAGUUUACCUUGGAACAUAUCAGUCAGUUCACUGUGCAAUGUGGAGAAGCAGCAGCCAAUCCACGGCUGAAAUUCUAUAGAGCUGAGCUUGAAGUGUCCAUGGCAGACCUUUCCAAACUUCAUCAACUACCUGGAGAGUCUGUGAUGAGCUUCCUUUCCAGAUUCAGGCGGGCCAAGUUCAAAUGUAAUUUAUCUUUGCCGCCAGAAGAAUAUGUGAAGAUGGCUGUGAAUGGCCUAGAAUUUGAACUUCGCAAGAAGUUUGAAGGUUUGAUCAACCGAUCACAAGACCGGAAGAGUUCUUCCAAGGGCACUUACUAUCGUGAUCCUAAUUAUGAGGUAUAUACCAAUGAAACUGAAGGGGAGUUUGAAAUAAAUGUAACUGAGCUCAACAUAAAAAAGGCUUAUACUUGUGAGGCCUUGACAAAAUCGAAAUCAGCCAUAGCCAACUUGCAGGCCGCUUCUGGUUCCAAGUGGAAGGGAUCAGACCCUUCCAAAAGUUAUUCUUUUGAAAUCUCUAAAGCCGAGCAAAUUUUUGAUUUGUUCAUGGUUGACAAGCAACUGAUUUUCACAACAGGCCAUAAUAUGCCAUCGGCCUAA